UAUGGAUGGCAUUGUCCUUCCUACUUCCCCUCUCCACAGGGGCGAGUUGAAAUGAGUUGGAGGCAAUUCAAGUCAUAUUCUCUGUUCAUUUUAGGUUGCUUUGCUCAUAUACAAUCCUAAUUUUGCGGAACUGCAUGCUACGCUGAACAAUCUUCGACCCGAAUAUGAAUUACAGAGAUAUGGUGAUUAUACCGGUCUGCCGAAUGUAAAGAGUAUAUACGUCAUGUAUUUAAUCGUUGUGAUAUGCGGCAUUGGUGUAUCUUCAUAUAUUAUAAUGAUAAUAGCCGGACUGAAGAUCAGAAGUUUUGUUACUAAAAGACACAUCAACAUGUCUACAAAAAACGCUCAAGCAUUCAAUAUGAUGGUAAAAGCUCUCGUAAUUCAAUCAUUCAUACCGGUAUUCUUCUCAUUUCCUACAAAAAUCCUCUACAUGCUGUUGCAAUUUACAUCGUUUCGUUGGCUCAUUGCCGAGUAUAUAAUAUUCGCUAUCUCUCCAGUAUUGGCUGUAAUCGACCCAUGUAUUACCCUGUACUACGUUUUACCUUAUAGACGUUACCUUGUGAGGAAACUAGGUUUUGUAAAGAAUGUCGUGCCGGGUUCUUCUGCAGUUGGAAGCCCGCAAUCGUGGAGUUCAUCGAGAAUUCAAUCUGCACGUGCCGUAAGUCAGCAGGGCCAAUCCUAA